CCGGUCUCUGUCUUAUCUGGCUAAGCUCCUAGUCAUCGUCAUCAUCUUGUUCCUCCUCAGCCUCUCACACCCUUUCUUUCGUCGCCCCUUACGAUUCCUCGGCUCUCUGAAUUAGGGUUUCUGAGCUGCCCCAAUUCUCGAUUCGUUUCCCAUGGCUUCGAUACUCAUCUUCUCCUAAUCGUAGAGUAAAAGCAUAUUCAUCGCAAAAUUCGUAUUUUCCAGAUUUACAGAAAGAUGGAAUAUUGUUAGGCACAUAUGUGAUUUUCAGCUGGGAAUGUUUUGCAGGAAGGAUGAAGAGUCUUAAGGAUUGGAUUUCUUCUCAGUUAGUUUCCAUGCCUUUGGUUUUGCCUCGGCCAUUGUCGGGCAGUGACAAUUUCUUUAGAGAGGAAUCCUCCAAUGAAGAGUUUGAUGACCAAGGUGCUGCUCACUCGAACACUUUGGUAACACCACGCAUCCAUCCUGCCGCAUCAACCUCAUUUAAUAGUGAUCAGGAAAAUCAGUCUGGUCCUUCCCUGCAGCAUGCUGUAGUUGAAAAUUUGGAUCACUCUCAUAAUCGCUCUGGUAAGAAAAAGAUGGAUCCUUUGGUAAGAAUUGACGAUCUUCAAGUUAAGUUUUUGCGCCUCCUCUUACGGCUUGGUCUGUCGCAGAACAAUGUUCUGGUGGCUAAGGUUCUUUAUCGUAUUCACCUGGCUACUUUGAUACGAGCAGAAGAAUCAGAUUUGAAAAGAGUUAAUCUCAGGAGUGAUAGAGCUAGAACAGUGGCAGCAGAACAAGAGGCAUCUGGCCUGCCUGAAAUGGAUUUCUCUCUCAGAAUCCUUGUCCUAGGGAAAACAGGAGUUGGCAAGAGUGCUACAAUAAACUCUAUAUUUGACCAAACGAUGACUGAAACCAAUGCAUUUCGACCUGGCACAAAUCGUAUUCGAGAGGUUGUGGGAACUGUGAAUGGGAUUCGAGUAAAUAUCAUCGAUACCCCUGGUUUUUUGCCAUCAUGUACUGGUAAUUUCUGCAGAAAUAAGAAGAUUAUGCUCUCUGUGAAGAAAUUUAUUAGAAAAAGUCCACCUGACAUCGUUUUGUUCUUCGAACGCCUCGACCUCAUGAGUACUAGCUACAAUGACUUCUCCCUCUUGAAGCAAAUAACCGAAGUAUUCGGUCCUGCAGUUUGGUUUAACACCAUUCUUGUCAUGACACAUUCUUCCCUAGCACUUCCAGAAGGACUUGAUGGGAAUCCCGUCAAUUAUGAAUCAUAUGUGAGGCAAAGCACAGAUAUGGUGCAGCACUAUAUACACCAGGCAGUGUUUGACUCCAGAAUUGAAAACCCUGUGUUGUUAGUUGAGAAUCAUCUUCAGUGUAGGAAAAAUAUCGCCGGUGAAAAGAUACUUCCAAACGGACAGGUUUGGAAAUCCCAGUUUUUGUUAUUAUGCAUUUGUACUAAAGUUCUGAGUGAUGUCAAUAUCCUCAUGAAAUUUCAAGACAGCAUUCAUCUGGGGCCCUCAAAUGCCACUCACGUGCCUUCUCUGCCGCAUCUCCUCUCGUCUCUUCUACGUCAUCGCUCUACCAUUAGUCCAAGUGGAGGGGAUGUUGAAGUUGAUGAGAGCUUGGUUUCAUAUACGCAGGAGGAAGAUGAGUAUGAUCAAUUACCUCCAAUCCGAAUUCUAACAAAAUCUCAGUUUGAGAGAUUAACAAAAUCACAGAAAAAAGACUAUCUUGAUGAAUUGGAUUAUCGAGAGACUCUUUAUCUAAAGAAACAGUUGAAAGAAGAGUAUCGUAGGCAGAUGGAGGUUAAGCUUUCCAAAGAGAAAAAUAUGGCAAGUGGUGAUAAUUCUGACAGUCAGCAGGCUUCCCAAGAAGAGGCUGUUUUAUUACCAGAGAUGGAGGUCCCUCCAAGUUUUGGCUCUAAUUGCCCUGCACACAGGUAUCGUUGCCUUGUUACAAGUGAUCAGUGGAUUAUGAGACCUGUUCUUGAUUCCCAUGGAUGGGAUAAUGAUGUGGGCUUGGAUGGGGUUAGCUUGGAAGCUGCUAUGCAGGUGAACAGGAAUGUGUUUACCUCUGUCGCAGGGCAGAUGAGCAAGGACAAGCAGGAUUUUAGCAUUCAAUCUGAGUGUGCUGCAGCUUACUUAGACCACAGUGGGACCACAUAUUCUGUAGGUCUUGAUGUUCAGUCUGCUGGUAAAGAUACCAUCUAUACGCUUCACAGCAACACGAAGCUGAGGAAGUUGUGGCACAAUGUUGCUGAAAGUGGAUUCUCAUUGACGUCCUUUGGGAACAAGUAUUAUAUUGGCGGAAAGCUUGAAGACACCAUAUCAGUUGGGAAGAGAUUGAAACUUGUGAUGAAUGUUGGCCAAAUGAUGGGUCCUGAGCAAGUGGCGUAUGGUGGCAGUGUUGAAGCUACGUUGAGGGGUAGAGACUAUCCUGUGAGAAAUGACAAUGUGAGCCUGAUGAUGACUAUCCUGUCUUUCAAUAAAGAGAUGGUGUUGGGUGGAAAUUUACAGUCCGAGUCCCGGCUGGGGCGAGAUAUGAGAGUGUCGGUUAAUGCUAAUAUGAAUAACCGUAGGAUGGGUAAGAUAAGCAUCAAAACAAGUAGCACUGAUCAUUUGCAGUUCAGUAUGGUUGCGGCUUUCACAAUUUUCUGGGCACUUUUACGGAAGAAGGAUGUUAAAAGUACAGUUCAUGAAUAAAGGGAGAUUGGAUGAGUUUUGGUUGCUGUUUUUUGUAUGAAGAGGACAGAAGGUAAUUUCAGAAGCUUUGUUCCAAACUUCUAAAUUUUCGCUCUCGCUUAAGAUGGCAACACGGGAGAAUCCUAACGAGCUGCAUCUGUUUUUGGCCAUUGUUUAGCAGCAUUCUUUUGCGUUUAACCGACGUGUUAUUGAGUGAAGCGGCCAGCCUCCGAGCAGCGGUGAAGCAGUAAGCUCACUGAAGAGGUUUUUGUAGUGAAGUAAAUUGAGGCAAUAAGUGUACAGUUAAAUCGUAGAGAUGGUCUGUCUUAUGUCUAUGAUAUUCACAAAAUAAUUUGAAAUAGGAUUAGCAAUAGGUGGAAAUCAAUAUGAUGUUUAUGGUCCAUGUUAUUUAUAUUGUUAUUGUUUACUUUCUUGGGUCUA